AUGGAUGGAUCUUUACCAGAUCGCCAAGGAUUCAACCACGAUUCCAACGUGGAACAAUGCGUGGAGUCAAUCGCCGCGCUUUGGGACCCGUACAACCUCGAUGUUUUCUCGGGGCAUAUUCCACCAGCCGAAUCGGAAGUAUCAAAGGAAGAUAUGAACGAGCUUAUGAAUCUUCCAUAUUACUCGCCAGCCGAUUCAGCACUGGAGGGCGGCUGCCAGCUCACCCAAAUGCCAGAUGCUUCGUGUCUUACGCCGCCGCUCGAAACACCACGCCGUCUCAGCGCGAGCGAGACGUCCAACAGCGGUUCCGGCCUCACCCCCGACCGACGUUCGCCGCUCUCCUCCUUCGUGUCGAGUGCAUCGUCCCCGGCAUGCAAUGCGAGAUACAGGCCCAACAGCAAGAAGCCGUCCAAAAGAAGGGCGAGCCGACGCUCCAAGUCGGAUGUUCACGAAACAUACCCGCACGGCACGCCGGCAGCCAUCAAUCGGCACGGCAAGGCGCAUUUCCGCGUUUGCCACAAUGAGGUGGAGAAGAACUACCGCAGCAGGCUGAGCAAUGACUUUAAAAUGCUGCUCAGCGUGCUCGUUGACUGUGCAAACGAUCAAGACUUGUCGUCUGUGGGACUCGCGGCUGGGACGGAGCAAAGCUGGAGCAAAGGGUCGAUACUGAGACUAGCUAGACGCAAGUUACUGGCGCUAAAGGACCAAGAUUGUUCAUUUUGUUAG